AAGCAGCCCCUGCUUUUUAACUAUGGUGGGGGAAAAUAAGAGGCGGUGGGGGGAGAAGCACCGAAAGUUACUUAGACAAGUUCACCUCUAUGACUUGGACAGUUGGUUCCCCGUAACCAUCUCGUACCAUCCACUUAGAAACCAAUCUUAAUCAUGGCGGAUAAGGAGAAGAAGAAGAAGCCCAAGAAGAAGGAGGAGGCCGCAGCUGCCCCUGCUCCUGAACCUGAACCUGAACCUGCACCAGCACCCGAACCAGCCAAGUCGAAGACUCAGACUCCUGAAUCUCGCUCCGAAAGAGCGAGCAGUCGCGGUAGCCGAAAGGCUAAACGCUCUGGUUCCAGUGUCUUCUCUAUGUUCUCACAGAAACAGGUCGCCGAAUUCAAAGAGGCCUUCCAGCUGAUGGACCACGACAAGGACGGCGUUAUUGGCAAAGAGGAUCUUCGUCAGACGUUCGACUCGGUUGGUCGUUUAGCGACGGACAAGGAAUUAGACGAGAUGAUCGGGGAGGUUCCCGGACCAAUAAACUUCACGCAGUUGCUCACUCUGUUCGCGGCUCGCAUGUCGGGAGCAGGAUCGGAUGAGGACGACGUAAUCAUCAACGCCUUCAGCACCUUCGACGUCAACGGAAAAAUUGACGGCAAAAGACUGAAGCACGCACUUACCACCUACGGUGAAAAAUUCACGGCGAAGGAAGUUACCGAAGCCUUCGACAAUAUGUACAUUGAUGACAAGGGAAUGAUCGACACCCCCAGCCUUAUCGCCAUGUUGACCGGAAAGGGAGAAGAUGAUGACGAAUAAACGGCUGGCCCCGCAUCGUUAAAAAAAUCAAGCACGUACACACACAAGCACACAGCACACAUUUACACGCAAAAAAACAUUGACACGUGAACAUUCGGACACAACACACAAUACAUAUGUACACGAACACACAAAUAAUGUAUCAUUACAAGCAUCGUCUCGUUUUAACGGCAGGCCCGCUUGUGCCAUGUAAACUCACAGAACAUCGAAACGCAAAAUACCCCUCAAAACAUAAUUGUACAGCGAAGGACAAUAAACUAUUAAUUUAAGCGUUAAUCACCCAUCGAUGAGACUACGAACGCGGAAACUGUGAGACCGAAAGAAAAAAUAAGAAAAUAUUAAACAAACUGCAACGGGUACAUCUCUAUUCGUGUUAUACAUAUAUAUUAUAUAUAUGCAUAUGUAUAUCUAUUUAGCGAUUCAGCGUGUACUCCACCUCAGAUUAUCAUUUCCUCACUUUUUUUUCGUAAUAAUAUAAGCGGGCCUACCGUCAAUGGAGGUUCCGCAAUCCUUACACUAUCGUUCAUAUAAUAAAAGUAUUUAAAAACUA